AUGAACCGGCAGCUAGUGAAAAUUUUGACAACCUUGUUUGCAUUUUUCUUAGAGACAAACCACUUCAGGACGACUUUCUGUAAAGAACAUGAUUCAAGAUCUGGAAAAUCCCCCUCACAGACCCUGUCUCCUUCAGAUUUUUUGGACAAAUUGAUGGGAAGGACAUCGGGGUAUGAUGCUAGAAUCAGACCAAAUUUUAAAGGUCCUCCAGUAAACGUUACUUGCAAUAUUUUUAUCAACAGUUUUGGAUCAGUCACAGAAACCACAAUGGACUACAGAGUGAACAUUUUUUUGAGACAGCAGUGGAAUGACUCACGCCUGGCUUACAGUGAAUAUCCUGAUGAUUCCUUGGAUUUGGAUCCCUCUAUGCUGGACUCUAUUUGGAAACCAGAUUUAUUCUUUGCCAAUGAGAAGGGAGCAAACUUCCAUGAUGUCACAACAGACAACAAGCUGCUAAGGAUUUCUAAGACUGGAAAAGUGCUGUACAGUAUCAGGCUUACUUUAACCUUAUCCUGUCCCAUGGACUUGAAGAAUUUUCCUAUGGAUGUACAGACAUGUACAAUGCAGCUAGAGAGCUUCGGCUACACUAUGAACGAUCUGAUAUUUGAGUGGUUAAGUGAUGGACCUGUGCAGGUUGCAGAAGGCUUAACCUUGCCACAGUUUAUUUUGAAAGAAGAUAAAGAACUUGGUUAUUGUACAAAACAUUACAACACUGGAAAGUUUACAUGCAUUGAAGUCAAGUUUCAUUUGGAGCGUCAGAUGGGAUACUAUCUAAUCCAGAUGUACAUUCCUAGCCUGCUGAUAGUCAUUUUGUCCUGGGUUUCUUUCUGGAUCAACAUGGACGCUGCUCCGGCUAGAGUUGCACUGGGUAUCACUACAGUUUUGACAAUGACCACCCAAAGUUCAGGAUCAAGAGCUUCCCUCCCAAAAGUCUCCUACGUAAAAGCUAUUGACAUCUGGAUGGCCGUGUGCCUUCUCUUUGUCUUCGCUGCAUUGCUAGAAUACGCAGCAGUCAACUUUGUCUCACGGCAGCACAAGGAGUUUCUGAGGCUUCGAAGAAGGCAAAGGAGACAAAACAAGGCACAGACUAUGACUGUUGGGAAUGAAAGCGUCGAGUCCGUGAGGCGCGUGAAUGGCUUGCGGAGCAAAGAGUCAUCAGCUUACGGGACAGUGAAUCAGAUCGGCAAUUCAAGUUUGAGGGAAGAUGAAGUUGCUCGUGACAGUCGGUUCAAUUUCAGUGGCUAUGGCAUGGGUCACUGUCUCCAAGUGAAAGAUGGCACAGCAGUCAAAGCUACUCCACCUAACCCACCGCCAGCACCACCAAAGGAUUCAGAUUCCAUCAAAAAGAAGUUUGUUGACCGUGCGAAAAGGAUUGAUACAAUAUCCCGUGCUGCAUUCCCACUCGCCUUCCUCAUUUUCAACAUCUUUUACUGGAUUACAUACAAAAUUAUACGGCAUGAGGACAUUCACAAGAAAUAGGCAACUCUGGUUUGCCAGGACUACUCAGCCAAAGUGAUCCACAUGUAAAUAAACAAUGAAAUGUCUUUCUGUCAUUUGGAUUAAAGGUUUCUUUUUCCCCUCAGGACUCUGAAGAGAAAAUGAAAGAGAAAAAGAAUUAUAGAAGGAAAAGUUUAUUGCAUGAAACAGUAUGCCUGAGACCAGUCAAUAAGGGGUCCCUUUAUGUACUCUCAGUGUUCUUCCAGAUUCAGCAUUAAUCAGACAUCUGUAAAUGGGGCCAAAUUUUACCCAACUUUAUCACCAAGAUAUUAUUGUUUGAAACAUAAGAGAAUCAGAAAACAAACAAUCCUCCUAAAGCAUCUACCAAGAGACUGUGGUGGCUACAGUACAGUGAGUUAUAAGAGGACCAAACUUUUUCAGGAUAAUGUUGCCUUUCUAUUUGAAACAAGUCUACUGAGCUACAUUCCAUGACCAUGUCUGUAGUUAGUGGUUUCACCAAGGAGUCCUUCUUUUGUGGGUUGUAAAUUAUUUCUACUGACAGGGGAGAGAAGAUAAACAAAAGAAAAGAAAACAAAGCAAAACAAAUGAACAAACAAAAAACAGAUUUAUACUUUACUAUCCUUGUGGGUGUGCAUUUUAAUAUUAUCUUGCUUUACUAGAAUUGUAAUUUUGAGGUUGAACUUGUGUGUCGUGUGAUUUAUUUGAUAGCUGACACUCCAAAACCAGUGAAACUGCCCAGUUUAUUUUUGUUGGAAUACAGUGCACUUACUUCAUUUUAUUUCUGCUGGUUUUACAUGCAACUUGAGGUGCCAAACUGUAUUUUACCUAUUGUGCUACCCUGUACCACACUACUUAGUAAGAACUUGUUUCCUCAAAGGUGUAGCUCAGUUUAGCAUUGAGUUUCUAUUAUUGCUCUCAUUGUAGCUGCGAUCAAUAGCUCUAUAGGUAAACACAACUUGUUUACAGACCUCUAAUUUAUAUCAAAGUGGCUAUCAUUUUAAAUAUCAUCAAUUAACCUAAGAAUUUUAAAACUGUACUGUGAUUUUCAGAACCUGUUACCUUUUGGUGCCGGAUCUGCGUUAUUCAAAUCCUUGCUACAUGUUUUAAAGUAGAAAAUAAAAUAAAA